AUGGCGGAAUCAUUUCCAUCGACCAUUACCACUAACAUUUUGUCAAAGAUAGCCUUUCUUAAUUCCAAAAAAGAAAAGAGGCCGUCGUGGCGUAUUCCAGAAGAAAUAAAGGAGCUCGAAAAAACCUUGUUGAAAAUCAAAGACAACCUCUUGAAUGCCGAGGAAAAGCAGGCACAGAACCCCGUGCUGCAGGAAGACCGUGAACAGCUUUCAGAUCAGUUGUAUGAUGCUGAGGAUAUGGUGGAUGAAGUGGAGUGUGAAUUGGAGAAACCAUCGAACAAAGAAUCGAAGGUAAGUAGAUUCACUGUGAGAUGGCCACCUAUUCCUUCUGUUAAGAAAAGUAGAAAACUCGAUCAUAUUAUAAAAAAGUUAAAUAAAAUAGUAGCUGCUGUUGAGCCUAAAAGUGGUCAGAAAAAGCGUGAGGUUCGGAGGGAUAAUUUGAGGAAGACGAUGAUAAAUCACACCUGUGUUGGUCCUUCAGAAGUUUUCGGGAGAGACGCUGAUAAGGAAAAAAUUAUGAACUUUUUGAAGCAACCAAAAAAUGAAGGUGAAAAUGUCUCUGUCAUCGCCAUAGUUGGAGGUGCAGGUAUUGGAAAAACCACUCUAGCCAAAUUGGUGUAUAGUGACAAAACGGUAGACGAACUCUUUGAUCUAAAGAUGUGGGUACAUGUACCUGGGGACUUUGAUAUAAUUUCUUUGAUGAAAGAAAUUUGUACUUCUGCAACUGGUCAAAAUCAAGCUGGAUUAGCCGUCAAUGAGUUAGAAGAUCGCUUGCUGGAUGAAUUGGGUGGUAAGAAAUUUUUGUUAGUCUUGGAUGAUGCGUGGAAUGAAAAUUAUGAUAAAUGGGACAAAUUCAAAAACUUAUUGACGCAGAAACCCAAUGGGAGCAAAAUUGUGGUUACUACUCGUAGUAAUCAAGUAGCGAAAGUAAUGGGGGCUGUUGACAUGUCUGUUUUAGAAGGCCUUUCCCAAAAAGAUUCUAUGUUGUUGUUUAAGAAAUCGGCGGCUUUUACAGAUGGAAACAACGCAGAUAAAGACCUCAUUGAAAUUGGGGUUGAAAUUGUGGGAAAAUGUGGUGGCAAUCCUUUCGCUGUGAAAAUUUUAGGAACCCUACUUCAUCAAAACAGAGAGAAGUCUGAUUGGUUGCUAAUUAAAGAUGACGAAGGAUGGAAUCAAGAGUUUAUGGGCGUCCUCCAAUUUGCGUUGCCAUUCAGUUACGCUCAUUUGCCAUCCCAUUUGCGAAGAUGUUUGGCAUAUUGUUCCUUAUUUCCUAAGGGUUAUUGCUUCAACAGUAAUUAUCUGAUCUGUCAUUGGAUGGCGCAAGGUUUUCUUGCUACUCAUAAUGAAAAUGAAGAGUUGGAAGAUGUUGGGUUGCAAUAUUUGAAGGAAUUAAGUUCGAGAUGUUUUUUUCAAGAUGUUGAAUAUCAUGGUUAUUUUUUUACAUUUCAGAUGCAUGACUUUGUACAUGAUCUUGUCCUCAAAGUAGCUAAAACAGAGUGCAAAGUGGUAGAUCUCAGAUUCCAAAAAAAUAAAGAAAAUGCUCGACAUUUGUCAUUUCUCGACAUUGAGUAUUCUGGUCAAGUAGUUCCAUCUAUUUCCAAGAAAUUGCGGACCAUCAUCAUGCAAAGUAUACUAUCUGAGCACGUUACUACGGCCUUCCUUAAUACAUGGAUAUCGAAUUUUAAGUACCUCAGGUUGUUAUGCUUCAGUGGUCUACAAUUUGAAGUGUUGCCAGCUUCUAUUGGUGCAUUGAUACAUUUGAGAUGUCUAGACUUGUUAUGCCUAAGGAAAUAA